AAAAAAAUCAAUUUAUAAUUGAACAAAGAUAAGUUAAAUUGAGCUGACUUAACCUGCUGUGUUAAAUCUAAUUAACAAAACGCAAUUCCCUUUAAUUACAUCCACAUAUUAGUGGUUAUCAAGGAAUGAGGAUAUUACGUUUUGAAACGGACAUUUUAUAGACACACAAACACAUUCACGAUUUUUUCCAGCAUAGGCGAAAUGGAGACAUCUGUUCAUUAUCAAACAGCGUGAAGGUCUAUAAACGAGUUUUUCGGCUUUUGCUAGAUUUCAUCACUUAGCUGAUAUAUUAGUUAGAUCUUUCUCCAACAGUUUUCUUAUCCUUUCACAUUACAUUUAUAGCAUUUGGCAGAUCCAAAGCGACUUUCAUUUCAAACAUGUAUUUAUCAGUCAUGUUAAAACACUGAGCAACCUCCAGCUUGUUAUAAAAUGAUAUUAUCAGAUUAUUUUGCACUUAUUCAACUCUAGGUCUCCAUAGCCUCUGAGACAAAUACUGUCCCAUUAAACUGAUGAAACUGGAAGGAAGGAAAUACCAGGGCAUUACACAAGAUUAAAGCAUUUGGAUAAGGAUUUGAAAGACCUCUAAGGUACCUUUUUGUUGGCCAUUCCAUCGACUCCUCAUCUAAAAAUCUCAUUCCCAGAACUUCUGCUCCACAGUGUCAGCAUCUUUACGAAAAAUUUUCAUUGUAAUGUUUUUGCCUUUUCUUAUGAUCCAGUUCUGCCACUCAUUAGAAGUUAAAUGAAAGUGCAGUUGUCAAAACCUAAGCUUUUUUACCUCCUUAAAAUCUGUUUCACCUAGACUAGACCCCUCAACCCUCCCUCUCUGUUUAUUAGACUUGUUGCGGAUUAACCUACUAGCUCAGACAGAUUGGAAAGACGUGUGGUACUCCAUACUGUACGUGUGUUUGUAUGUCUGGCAGAAAAGUGUGAACAGUCAAAGUAUUGUGAGGCUAGAAGAACAACUAUUGUGAGCGUCCAUGUGCGGGAGAAUCAACAACAGCCAUGUCUCAUCAACUCUUACGUGUUUGUCUUUGGGGAUUCAAAACAGAGGGAUGCUGGAAAACGUUAACUGGUUAAAGAUGAAUUACAGUACUCGUAUGGACAUCUGUAAGCCGGGCCUGAGCAGUUUCUCUUUGGUUUUCAGCUUGCUCCGUUCCACACCGGACCCCUCUUCUCCAGGCUCUCAAUCCCCUCAUGGGCGCCAUAUCAGCCACUGUAAGAGGACCACCGUCUCAACCCUAACAGCAGUCCUCACCAUGGAAAUGAAACAGCCUGUGACGAUGAAUCGAGAGUAUGAAGAAAAGCACGAGAAACAAGACUCGCAGGAGUCACAAGAGAACGGCCGGCUGGUUGCGGACAGUGUUCCCGAGAAGGAGCAAAAGUCGGUCAACGGUUACCCCAGCACGUCUCCACAAAGCCCAAGAGAGGAUGCGGGUGCCGGGACGGAGGGGGGAACGUUCAAGACUUUGGUGGUCCAGCAGACCAGUUUGGAUCCCCCAAGGGAGACCUGGAGCAAAAAAGUGGACUUCCUACUGUCUGUCAUCGGGUAUGCAGUGGACCUGGGCAACGUGUGGCGCUUUCCAUACAUCUGCUACCAAAACGGAGGGGGGGCUUUUCUUCUGCCAUACAUGUUGAUGGCCAUGUUCGGUGGCGUGCCGCUGUUUUACAUGGAGCUGGCGUUGGGCCAGUUUCACCGCAGUGGGUGUAUCUCCAUUUGGAAACACAUCUGCCCCAUCUUCAAAGGUAUUGGCUUUGCCAUCUGCAUCAUUGCAUUGUACAUUGCCUUCUACUAUAACACCAUAAUGGCCUGGGCCCUCUACUACCUCCUGUCCUCCUUUCGUGCCACGUUACCCUGGACCACUUGCAACAACUGGUGGAAUACCCCUAACUGUACCCGAUACUUGUCCACGGACUUAAACGUCUCCUGGACCGAGAGCUCCAUAUCUCCUGCUGAGGAGUUCUAUAUACGGCAGGUGUUACAGGUACAUCGGUCCCCUGGUCUUCAUCAGCUGGGUUGGGUGAGCUGGCAGCUGGCCCUCUGUCUGCUCUUCAUCUUCACCAUCGUCUAUUUCAGCAUCUGGAAGGGGGUCAAGACUUCCGGCAAGGUAGUUUGGGUAACAGCUACAUUUCCUUACCUGGUGUUGUUUGUCCUGUUAAUAAGAGGAGCCACACUACCAGGAGCCUGGAGAGGAGUGGUCUUCUACCUGAAACCUGACUGGAAUAAACUUCUCAGUACCACAGUUUGGCUUGAUGCAGCUGCGCAGAUCUUCUUCUCUCUGGGUCCAGGCUUUGGUGUUCUCCUGGCCUUUGCCAGUUACAAUCCCUUUCAUAACAACUGCUACAAAGAUGCAUUGAUCACAAGCUCUGUAAACUGUAUGACCAGUUUCUUGUCAGGCUUUGUGAUCUUCACAGUGCUGGGUUACAUGGCUGAGAUGCGUCAACAGGGUGUGGAGACUGUAGCUAAGGAUGCUGGGCCCAGUCUGCUGUUCAUCAUCUAUGCUGAGGCUAUUGCCAAUAUGCCAGCUGCCACCUUCUUCGCCAUCAUAUUCUUCCUCAUGAUAAUUAUGCUUGGACUGGACAGCACGUUUGCCGGUCUAGAAGGUGUUAUUACCGCCAUGUUGGAUGAGUUUCCCCACCUGUUGGUCAAGAGGAGAGAAUGGUUUGUGCUCGGCCUGGUGUGUGUCUGUUAUUUGGGUGCUCUAUCCACUCUCACCUAUGGAGGGGCGUUUGUGGUUAAACUAUUUGAGGAGUAUGCCACGGGUCCCGCUGUUAUCACUGUAGUCUUCCUCGAGGUCAUUGCUGUUUCCUGGUUCUAUGGAACGACUCGCUUCUGCAAUGAUGUGCAGCUGAUGAUUGGUUUUUCACCUGGCAUGUUUUGGAGGGUCUGCUGGGUUGCCAUCUGUCCUUGCUUCCUGUUGUUCAUUAUUGGAAGUUUCCUGGCAUUCCCACCAGAGGUGAGACUGUUUGACUACCUGUACCCUUUCUGGACCACGGUGCUGGGCUACUGUAUCGGGUGUUCUUCCUUCAUCUGCGUGCCUUCUUACAUGGUCUACUAUCUGCUCACCACCAAAGGGACCUUCAAACAGCGUCUGCUAAAAAGCAUCACUCCUAUACCCUCAGGAACCAGCGGCCCGCCCACAGACACAAUCGUCUUUACCAACGCCGUGUGACGCUAAGACAUUUCGCCCUCUGCUGGACAUGUAGCAUUAACCCCCGUGGCCUCGUAAGGGCCCCCGCUGAGCUCACUUCACACCUCACCCCGGAGUGAGAGUCUGAGUACUGCGUUAUGGUGAGGCCAGGCCUCCGAAUACAGCAAUUGUUUUGUUUUUAUGCCAUUUGUUUUGUGUGACCACUGUCAUAUUGCUUCUAUAAGUUACUGACUGCAGUGGCUUUGCCGUGGCAAAUUGUAGACAUGACCCAGUUUGUGGUUUUGUUCGUUCUGUGUCAGUUUUAGAUCACCAUAUAGCCAAUAUAUAGAUGAUGAUGAUGGCAAGAAUUCAUGACUAUGUGUGUAUAUCAUUUUUAUGAAGCUCGGGUUAAGAAUGGGAAUGCAUACAGAAAUGGUUUGGUUAAUUUUAAUAUAAACUUUAUAUAGAUAAUUUUUUCUUUAAAGAUUGUUAUAUUAUUGUUUUAUAUCAGUGACCAAUUUCAGGUAUAAA